AUGCGUGUUCUACUUAGACCAAUAACUAUAUUUAGGCAGGCAGUCCAGACUAAUAGAAGCGUGAAGUUAAAGAACACAUUUACAACAGCAUUAGUUUGGAGAGCCAUGGAAGAUAAAGAAGGAUUAAAAAAACGCUUAACCCCCCUCCAAUAUCAUGUUACCCAAGAAGCUGGAACAGAAAGACCUUUUACAGGACCCUAUAAUAAAUUUUAUGAAGAAGGUUUAUAUGUUUGUAUAGUUUGUAAACAAGGUCUCUUUAGCUCUAAAACUAAGUAUGACUCUGGAUGUGGCUGGCCUGCAUUCAAUGAUGUGUUAGCACAGGAGAAAGUUACACUACAUAAGGAUACAAGUGCAGUUGGGGCGAAUAUAUUACUGGUUUUAACACGACCAGGUAUGGUGCGAACUGAGGUGCGAUGCUCCAAAUGCUCGGCCCACCUCGGCCACGUGUUCAAUGACGGCCCUGCACCCACCAAGAAACGGUUUUGUAUUAACUCAGCUGCAUUAGACUUCAUACCAGCUGAAGAACGAAAAGAC